UACCCAUAGUGCCCUGUUGGCAUCGAUCCCUUCCUCGCCGUCCAUCUUGAAAUACUUCACGAGGAGUCUUUGGCUUGUGGACUGAGAAUUUGCACAAUAACCAUGUUCACCUGUAGUAAAUUUACCUCUUCCAUUGCUAGGAAUCUCGUCGGCAGUGGUCGCACGUUGGUGACUGCCGCCAUUCGUCCUCAGUCACAAGCUUUGGUCAAGUCUGGAACUCAGGCUAGGGGCAUGGUCGGUCUAUCAAGAGCAAUAGUCUCAUCACAAAUUUCAGGUGCUCAAAAUGAUAAUUUACUACAAAAACAGCAAUCAUCAUUAGGAGCUCUGGUAAGCCGUGGAUUCCAGACAACUUCUGCAGUUCAGGAUGUUGACUCUGCUGCCAAGUUUAUUGGCGCUGGUGCUGCAACAGUUGGUGUUGCUGGCAGCGGAGCUGGUAUUGGAACAGUGUUUGGUAGCCUUAUCAUUGGCUAUGCCAGGAACCCAUCUCUCAAGCAACAGCUUUUCUCCUAUGCUAUUCUAGGAUUCGCCUUGUCUGAGGCUAUGGGUCUUUUCUGUCUUAUGAUGGCCUUUUUAAUCCUCUUUGCCCUGUAGAAUUGUUUCUUAUUGAUGAUGGUGUGAUUAUGUGCCAAUUUGUUUUCUAAGGCAUGGUAUUCUUAUGUGGGAAACCUUUCUAUGUGAAGUUUAUUUUGUGAUGAAUGCUGUAAUAGCUUGAAAAUAAACUAAUGUAAAUUUCA